AUGGAGUCCGGAAGAUAUAUAAUGAACAUCGGUUGUGCGAUGCUGAUCCUGGUGAUCUUGGUGUCUGUUCAGGCGCAGCCACUGUCCUGGUGCGAUCCCGAGUUGUGUCCAGAAAAUACAGUGCACAUAGCCUGCAAUAAUAAUGGGGACUUCCAUGAGACCUGCUCUACGGAUGCCACCAUGGUGGACAUGAAGCCAUAUCGUUCUUUUAUCCUGGAUGAACAUAAUAAGCGCCGGAACUACAUAGCCUCGGGUUCGCUGCCUGGUUAUUAUCCUGCCACUCGAAUGGCCACUAUGGUGUGGGAUGCUGAACUGGAGUAUCUGGCCACUUUGAACCUAAAGACUUGUUACCUGGAGCACGAUGACUGCCAUAACAGCUAUCGCUUCCGGAAUCUGGGUCAGAAUCUGUGCGGUGUCGAUCGUCCCAGGAAUUGGCCCUUGAAUGUGACUAAUCUUGUAGAGCAAUCUAUGGGUUUGUGGUUCGGAGAGCAUAAACUGAUUGAUAGUAGCUAUAUCAGCGACUUUAGGCUCACCAGAAAUCAUGAAAAGUAUGGACACUUUGUGGAGACAGUGGUGGACAGGAACACCCAUGUGGGCUGUGCCAUGAUGCGUUUUACCAAUCCCCAGUAUCCUUUCCUGUACAUCUACAACACCGCCUGCAACUAUGCCAGUGUCUAUGCCAUUGGAGUUCCAGUUUAUAAUGCCGGUGAACCCGCCUCCCAGUGCCGCACCGGCAGCAAUCCGGAUUAUCCCGCCCUCUGUUCCAUCAAGGAGCAGUACAAUCCCAACUAUAAUCUAUACUAA